GGAAGAGGAGCCGUUCAUGCCUGUAUAGCGAUGGUGAUGAUGCAGAGGACUCUCUCUCAAUUGAUAGUCCGUCUUUCCCUUAUCUUGCUCACUCAAGCUGUCGGUGGCGUCCUGGGAGUCGUCACAAGCCUCAAGGCAUCAUCAUUAGCAUCGCGAAGGGCGGCUCCCACUACAUCUUCUCUCGGCUUUGUCGGAUCUUCAUUGGCGAGCGUCAGAUCUGCGGACCACCUCGCGCACAAGACUCCCUAUCGCUCUGCUCGGCCCCUGUUCUCCGGACCGUCAUCGCCUAAUGUGAAGCAGCAGCCACAGCCGCAGGCGAGCGAUACGGUGGAUCCGCGCAUUGUGGAGCGCGUCAACGCGGAGCUGGGUGCCCGGUUCAACAUCGAUGUGGAUCAGCUGAUGAACCCACUCAAGGUGCUGGGCCUGGAGCAGGAGCUAGAGACCCUCAACGCCGAGAUGGAGACCCUCAAGGCCAAGCCGCAGAUGGCCGAGGUGCAGGCAGCCAUAGUCGAGCUAGACCAGACCAUCACCAAGAAGUAGAAUAUCCUCGAGGCCGAGAAGGCCUUGUACGUCAGGGGCUGGCUCAAGGCCGUGUUUCUGGGGAAGUCAGCACUCGCGGCGGUCAUCAGUGGGAUGCUGGUGUACAACAACGUGCCUGGCGUGGGUGAGGUGGAGGUGGACCUCUCGCUGCAGUUUUUGGGGGUCUAGAACUGGUGGCUGUUCAUCAUCCCUUCAUUGUGGGCUCGCAAGCCCGUCAAGAAGGAGAAGAGGGCGCUCGACUGGGCAUUUUUGGCCGUCUUGGUGACCACACUCGCCGCGCCGUCGUUCACCAAGGUAAGAAGACAGACACGCAUCUCUGCUCGUGGAUUCAUCUCCUUGUGUGGUGUGUGUCGUUCAGAGCCGUCGACCAUCCAAUGGACCAACGCUGCCGUCCUCGGCAUCUCUUAUGCCAUCAGCUCCAGCGCUCCCUUUCCCCUUUUCGACCAGGGCGACGCCCAGCAGGAGGAGCAGGAGGGCCCCGAGUGGCUGAGCUGGUGAAUACACACAGCGACAUUCACACAUUCACCCAUCCAUCCACAAUGCCUGUCUGUCUGGGUGUGUGCAGGUGUGGAGUGCGAUGGACGAGCCCACCGAGAAGGUAGCAGCGUUGUGGGUGGCUCUGCUCCGCGUGCCCGUGGCGAGUCGGCAUGCGGCUGCCUUCGGCAAACAGGAUGUCGUCAUGACAUUCCGACAGGGCGACAUGGCUGCUGCUGACAAAAUCGCCGCCAUCCUCCUGGGCAAGGAGUACGCUCGAUACCUGUCGCCAGAUGAACGGUGAACACGCACAUAAGCUGCACGCACAGACAUGAUGGCGAGAGGUGGGUAUGCAUGUUGUCAGGAGCCGCAUCGAGUGGCUGACAGGGGUUGUCGCAUCACAGCGGAGCGGCAAUGAGUCAUUCCUCUCCGGCGUGUGCCCGGCCCCUCGCUGCAACGGGUUCCUGUCCGCCCUGGUAUGGCGGUGUCACUCAUGCGGUGCGCGAGUGGCCCUAUGCAGCCUGACGCUGAGACUAGAGCUGCCUGAAGACAUGACGAGGUGCCCUGUGUGUGACGCGGCGUACUCGUCGAACGUCAUCUCUCCCGCUGGCGGGCUGUGCGCGUAUUGCGGUGUGGGUGUGUGCCGAGAUCGAUUAAGCAGGCGGAAGGGCUGCUUUCGUAUUGAGUGAGCUCUGUGACCUUGACGAGUGCAUGGCCGAUCGCGUGGCUGAAGACCGCUGCCGUCUGCUCGCCCGGCGUGUCAAGGGACACCACAGCAGCUGCAAACGCGAGUGACUGAUUGAGUGACUUGUGCAUCGAUCAUGUACGUGGGGCACGUGUACGCAUAACGUCUAUAUCGCCUGUACAUACGUAAUCGUCUGUACACGAUCUUGAUUUGCAUCGACUAGCAAACAAAGAAACAAACAAACAAACAAAUCUGUUUCAUCGUUCAUCGGCUGACUGCCUGGCUGAGUGACGGGCUGACGAUCAAUCAAUCGACGAUGGGCGCCUGCACGAUGACGCUCGCUCUGCUGUGUGUGUUGGCGUUGCUGGCCGGUCCUUGGUGUGUGUCGUGCCAGCAGCCUCCCUCCAACAUCGACAGAGGGUCAGCCAGACGCACACAGACAGACAGACAGACACACGCACACAAGGAGUGUAUGUCUCCAUUCCAUAUGUGUGUGUGUCUGUCUGUCUGUGUGCGUGUUUGUAUGUGGGUGCAGGGAGUUUGCGUCGGCCACUGAAGGAGAGGAGGUCAGUGACACCACAGACACACACACUCACACACACACACUCUCACUCUCACUCUCACUCACAUGUGAAUCAUGUUUGUCUCUGUGUCUCUAUCUGAUCAUGUGAAUCAGGUGCGCCAAGAGGUCCGUCGACAGGUCGAAGGGAUGGAGGACGCGAUUGCCGAGCAGGCACGACUCAGGCAGCGAAGCGGCAAUGUCUGGAGCAUGCACGGAGCCCCUCUCUUCGUCCCCGCCGUCCCACCCGCCCUCUCUGCCUCGAGCAUGGGCAUGAUGCCUCCGAGUGGCGUCAUGACGCAACCAGCUCCCGGGCAGAACCAACUCAACCUCAACCUCGGCCCCACCCAGUACAGCCCCUCGCCGUACACCGUCCAGCGCCCAAUGUCGUUCCGGCAGAUCGACACACCCGCCGCGAGUGUGAGUGCCAGUGACCCUGUGGCCGGCUCUCUGUUGGCCACCGACGGAUUCAUGCCAACGACAGCAGUGGGCGAUGGUGAAGACGAUGGCACGUCGACCAAGAACAACGGCAUCAUAGGCAACGGCAUCAGCCAGGUGUGCACCACACACAGACAGGCAGGGAGACACACAAACCAAAGUCUAUGUGUGACGGAUGUCUUUGUGAUUGAUGUCAGCUUGAGGAUGUGGCGGGCGGCGACAAACAAGAGACACGUGACGAAGACGACAAUGGCCAACGAGUAAGUCGAUGAAACGAACCUCUCACACACGACACACAUGAAUGAAUGAAUGAAUGAAUGAAAUGUGUUUGUUGUGUGUUUUCUCAGUCUGAUGUGUCAGAGGGUGCGGCAAGUGACGAGUCAGCAUCCACAACCACAACCACAACCACAAUGGCCACCACCAACACCAGCAGCAAAGGGGACGGCCGCUUCACUCCGAUGACACUGGUACGCCAUCGCAUGACUGACAUUCUGCAUGAAACAUGUCUGUGUCAGAACGCGUUCCAUAUGUACGUCAAAUUUAUACUCGGCCUGCAAAACUCGUCGAAAACCGAGGCACGCAGAGACGACACCACAGGGCCUCGAUGGAUGCGACAUUCAUGUUUUCGUGUGAUGUGUGCAGCGCCCGCUCAGUGUCGGAGGGCAUGCAGACGCAGCUGCGUCGGAUCUCAUGGGCGGCGGCGGCUUUUGGGGUGGCGACCCCUUCUUCAUCUUCCCGCCCAAGGGUAAACACUGAAGGCGUGCCGACAGCAGAAGCAGCAGAUGAAUCGAUGGAUGUCUUAUAGGCAAGAUGAUCACCGUGGCCGAUCACUUGAGAGAGGUGGCAGUCAUGAUGAUGCGGGGCACUCAGGCCGUUCAGGUGGUGAACUCCGAUGAGGAGGGCGAGACCGAUCCGCGGAGUGGUGAGCAGCACACAUGACACACACACACACACACACACACAGUGACUGACACAUGUGUUGGUGGCUGUUUGAAUGCGUGUGUGAAUGCAGCCAACCUGGCGGGUAAUCAGGAUUGACGUUGACACCAUCACUAUCACUCAUCCGUGCAUUCUUCUUGCAGCGGCCAAGUGCAAGGCCGUCGAGGCCGCUAACGCGCUGGACAGCAAGGGCGAGUCGCCGCUCACUGGCGUAAGUCAGCACGGAUGCACAAACGCAUGCAGAGUCUAUUCCUUAUUCUCUGCGUGUGUGUUCAGGCGAGAAGAAGGGCUGGCAGACGACACGGAACAAGAGAGGAGAGCGAAAACGAGCUGAUAAACGAGGUCUGACACCCAGUCAGACAGUCAGACAGCCCUUUGCAUGUUAUGUGUGUUUGUAUGUUGUGCAGAUGCUCAAGUUCGCUCUGCAGCUUUUUCAGGGCGAAGAGAAGCGCCAAGGCCGCCAGCCGCACGCCACCUGGACUAAGAUGAAUGAACUGCUCAGGGCGUUCAAAAUCUACGCGAAGGGGGUCAUGAGUAAGGACGCACACAAGGAAUCAUCGUGUGUGCGUGCAUCCCGUGCAUGCAUUUUGAUUUGCGUGUGUGCGCGUUAAGGCUCGGAGGACUGGUCGGCACCCGCUCCAGCCGCUGCGUCGUCGUCAAGUGCCCCCGCCGCCGACCAGCCCCCCGCCCAAGAGCAACCCGCAAGCCAGCCGCCCGCCGAGCAGACCGCACCUGCCGAGCAGACCGCACCGCGGUUCGAACUGCCGUGGUUCAUAGGCUAAGUGACUGACUGACUGACUACUGAGUGACUGACGCAGGCUGACUGCU